UUCUUAUCUGUAACCGUGUGAUGGUGCUUUGGGUGUUGUCAUUCGCGCUACUCUUCUUAUUAAUUUAAAUUUGGCUAUAUAAUUUCAAAGUAUGAGUUCAGAACAGAAGUUGUUUAGUAAUCCUGAAACUCCCGGUUAUGUUGGAUUUGCUAAUUUGCCGCAUCAAGUACAUCGAAAAUCUGUCAAAAAAGGUUUUGAAUUUACUCUUAUGGUUGUUGGGGAAUCCGGUCUUGGAAAAUCAACUUUAAUCAACAGUCUUUUCCUCACUGAUUUGUAUCCUGAGCGUCAUGUUCCAGAUGCUGCAGAAAAAAUAAAACAAACAGUCAAACUUGAGGCCUCAACUGUUGAAAUAGAAGAAAGAGGUGUGAAACUGCGCUUAACAGUAGUUGAUACUCCAGGAUUUGGAGAUGCUAUUGAUAAUAGUGAUAGCUUUAAACUGAUUAUCCAAUACAUAGAUGAUCAGUUUGAAAGAUUUCUUAGAGAUGAAAGUGGUUUGAAUCGUCGAAACAUCAAUGAUAGUCGGGUACAUUGUUGUUUUUACUUUAUAUCUCCAUAUGGACAUGGCUUGAAACCCCUAGAUAUUGAAUUCAUGAGGCAACUGCAUGGUAAAGUUAAUAUUGUUCCGGUUAUAGCAAAAGCUGAUGCCUUAACCAAGAAAGAAGUUAUGCAACUGAAGAAAAGGAUAAUGCAUGAAAUUGAUGAACAUGCCAUUCGUAUCUAUCCUCUUCCUGAUUGUGAUUCAGAUGAAGAUGAAGAUUACAAAGAACAAGUCAAACAACUGAAAGAAGCAGUUCCUUUUGCUGUGUCAGCUGCAAUACCUACAAUAGAAGUAAAAGGUCGUAAAGUUCGUGGACGUCUAUAUCCAUGGGGUGUUGUAGAAAUUGAGAAUCCUGAUCAUUGUGAUUUCAUCAAACUGCGCACAAUGCUUGUAACGCACAUGCAAGAUUUACAAGAAGUGACUCAAGAUGUUCAUUAUGAAAACUAUCGUUCUGAAAGACUUGCUGGAAAGAGCACUGCAAGAAAACCAUCAGUUCCUGAAAUCUCAGACAAAGAUCGCAUACUCCAAGAGAAAGAAGCUGAACUCCGACGCAUGCAAGAAAUGCUUCAACAAAUGCAGCAAAAAAUAAAAGAAGAGGAGCGACGUAAUGCAACACCGUCACCUACAAACCAAUCUCUAAAAUUAAAAGAUGAAGAAUAGCAUUGCUGUCAUUCUGCAAGCUUAACCCCUCAGUGGUUUUUAUGUAUUUCUUUGUGCCUGUGUUUAGGCAGGAAGCUUAUGUUCGUUUUAUAUUGUUGUUUAUCCAAGCCAAAAAAAGACUUUAAAAAUGCUAUUUGUUUUUAUUUAAAUGAAUUUGCACCUAGUCCUGUUCUGCUUCUCCAUACUGUUUUUAGUUUGUUCCAGUGUAGUUUUUUAGCACUACAUUUCAAGAUUUAAUAGUAUAACUUGUUUUUACAUUCAUGUUUGUCUAAUUUCCCUAAGUUUUUAAAACAAUUAUUAAAAAAAAAAACUUUUAUUUUAAUGAAAGAAAAAAAAAUUUUUUUAAAUGUAUGUAUUUAUUUACCCUGUUAUUUUGCAGGGAUAUGUGUGUAUAUUUGUUCUUGUCUUCUAUAUUAGCAGUGCAUUUAAGUACUUUAUGAAACACGCAUAUUUUGUUUUUUUCUUAUGCGAUCUAAAAGUAUGUAUGAUCAAAACAUAAGAAAUUUCCUUUAGUGCAAAACAAUGAAAUAUUUUAGAAUUAAUUUUAUAGUUUUGAUGUUGAUUACUGUACUUGUAAAGAAAGAGCAUUGGAAACUUGUAGUUUAAUGAGCAUAUCGUAAAUACAUCUUGCAUUUAGGAGGAGUUUAUAUAUCAGCAUUUUAUAAUUACUUAAAAUCUAUUUUGUGAUAUAUUGACCAAUACUUCUGUUUAUAGAAAGAUGCAAUUAUUUUUAGUGUAUAAUUAAUAGAUUAAAGUAAAACGAGUAACAUGAGUGCAUUUCAUAUGUAUCAGUUUUUAUCUUACUAGAUCUAAAUUUAAGUCAUAAAUUUAGUUAGCAUUGACAUUUGUUUGACUUCAUUUGUGUUCCAUUUCUCGAUUCAGAGGCCUUAGCAUUGCUUGUUCCAUGUAUAAAUGCGGAACUAGAUAGUUUGAAAGUAAAUUGAAAUGAUGUUUGGUGUGCCUUAUCAUGAAUAUAUAUUACUUUGUUUUCCCCGUACAGCUCAAAUAUUUAGUAUGAUAAAUUCUUAAAAAUGUAUUAACUUUUAUUUAGUUAGAUUUCUUUUUUGUCCUUUAUUUUACUGUUAUAGGUUGCAGUGCAUUGCAUAACAAUGUUGCUUUAAUUUAAAGCACAGUAGAAAAUAAUUUUGUAAAUUUUAGUUUUUUUUAAGUUUUUGCAUUAAUUAUAGUUUGUUGGAUUUUCAGUAAUUUUCCCACUUAUUUGCAUUAGUGCACUUACGGUGUAUAUAAAUAUAUAUUUUCAUAUUACGUUAUGCUAUAAUUCUGUAAAUAAAGAAAACUUGAG